AUGGCCCGCACCAAGCAAACCGCCCGUAAAUCUACUGGUGGUAAGGCACCUCGUAAGCAACUUGCGGCAAAGUCUGCACGCAAGACAGCAACAGCAACCGCGACUGGUGGUGUGAAGAAGCCCCAUCGCUUCCGUCCCGGUACCGUCGCCCUGCGUGAAAUCCGGCGGUACCAGAAGUCGACCGAGCUGCUCAUCCGCAAGCUUCCUUUCCAACGUCUUGUCCGUGAGAUCGCGCAAGACUUCAAGACUGACCUCCGUUUCCAAUCAUCCGCCGUCAUGGCCCUCCAGGAGGCGUCGGAGGCGUAUCUCGUCUCGCUGUUUGAAGACACCAACCUGGCCGCGAUCCACGCGAAGCGCGUCACGAUCCAGCCAAAAGACUUGGCCCUGGCGCGCCGUCUGCGAGGAGAGCGAACGUAA